AUGACAAAUCGGAAACUUCUUGUAAUUGCAGAAAACAUAAUUAAAUCACUAAAUGAUGAUACUAUUUCAGCUAAAUACUUUAGGCUUAAAGACAAGCUCAUUGAUGCAAAGAUUCAGAAUUUAAUUCAAGAGAUUAGUACAGAAAACGAAAAAUUGACCAAUAAUAUUAAUGUAAUGAAAAUAAUUAAUGAAAGCCAAACGGUUGAGCAAUGUUAUACAAACUUUACAAGUUAUUAUCAUUCGUUAUUUUUAUCAAAUGCAGACGACCCCAAUAUAGAAUCAAAUUAUAAUUUAAUUGACGAAUACAAGACAAUAAUUAAAGCAUUAAAAGAGCAAAUAUACAUUCUACAAAGCGAAAAUUAUGAUUUACAUAAGAAGUAUGAUGAUUUACACGAGGAACAAACGUUUAAUCUAAACUAUAUUACGAUAAAAGAAAAAGAAAAGCAGAAAAUUCAUAAUGAUUACCAACUAAAUGGCGAUGAAAUGAUAAAGCAGUUAGAUACUCAAAUACAAUCCAUUUCUAAACAAAUUAUAGCCAAUAGAGAAGAAAAUAAUGAGCUUAUGAAGCUAAAUGAGUCAUUUGAUAGUCAUUAUUCUGCAAAAAACUAUCAAUUAAAUCAAAUAUUAGAAAAGUAUAAUGAAAAAGCUAACUCAACACAUGAAAUUAGAAAAAGGUACCAACUUUAUUCAAAGGAUGUUGAGUUUAAGCAAAGCCAAAUUGAUUCACUAAGAAAUUCAGUUUAUAAUGCUAUCAACGGAGCAACUCCCAAACAAAUUGAAAGAAUUAAGAAUUUAGAAGCAGAUAUUUCAUCCAAAAUGCAAGAAAAUAACCAAUUACAGCUGGACUUAAAUAGAAUUACUUUUUCAUAA